AUGAGGCUCAUCAUCCGGGACGAUUCCGUGGCUGCGAGCGUAUUCGUUGCCAACUACAUCAUCGAGCGUAUCAAGCAUUUCGCCCCCACGCCAGCGCACCCCUUCGUGCUUGGUCUUCCCACGGGCUCAACGCCCGUGAGUUUCUACAGUGUCCUCGUGGAGAAGUACAAGGCCGGCGAGGUCUCUUUUGAAAAUGUCGUCACCUUCAACAUGGACGAAUAUAUCGGCAUCCCGCGGGACCACCCUGAGAGCUACCACUCAUUCAUGUGGAAGCAUUUCUUCUCGCACGUGAACAUCCACCCCAACAACGUCAACAUCCUGGACGGGAAUGCCCCGAACCUCGAGGCAGAAUGCGUCGAGUACGAGGCCAAGAUCAAGCGCGCAGGCGGCAUCGACCUGUUCCUCGCGGGCAUUGGCGACGACGGGCACAUCGCCUUCAACGAGCCCGGGUCGAGUCUUGCGUCGCGCACGCGCGUCAAGACGCUCGCGUACGACACCAUCCUCGCCAACUCGCGCUUCUUCGACAACGACCUGGAGAAGGUGCCUAAGAUGGCCCUCACCGUCGGCGUCCAGACCAUCCUGGAGGCGAGGGAGAUCGUUGCCCUCAUCGUCGGCCCCCGCAAGGCCCUGGCCCUGCAGCGGUGCAUCGAGCAGGGUGUUAACCACAUGUGGACCCUGUCCAGCCUGCAGCUCCACCCCCACCCCAUGAUCGUGUGUGACGAGGACGCCACCCUGGAACUACAGGUCAAGACCGUGAGGUACUUCAAAUCCCUAGAAAAGGUCGCCCGCGCCCAGGGCUUCGAGCAGAUCCUCCCGUCGCGCGUGCGCACUGGCCCUGGCCCAGCGACAGUGAUCCAGCCGCCGCGCCUCCCGGGCGCCGCACGGAGCGACGACGACGCGGUCAAGGUGGAAGCACCGGCGCCGACAGUCCUCUCGCCGCAGCCGACGACGUCGCGGCUGCUGCGGGCGUCGUCCCCGGCCGCAGAGUAUCCCGUCCGCUCCGUGUCGCCCGACUUCGACCUCGUCCCCGACAGCAUGGCGUCGCGGAUCCCGGACCCGCGCCUCGCCCAGCGCCUGACGCCGACGCCCGAGACGCAGACCGUGGCGGUUAAUGCCGUUGGCGCUUGA